AUGGGUGGAGAAGCCCCGCAUCUUGCCCCCACAGCUUCCAAGGGCAUCCCCAUACUAGCGGAUCGCCCGGUCGGCCAACGGAUCACGAAGCUCUACACCGACCGAUUGAAACAGUUUACCGCAACAGGCCAGUAUGAAGGCCAAAACCUGGUCUCGAAGUAUUUCGAAGCAGUCAACUCAGACGAAGACCAUGUCAAGUUAUCCGUAUACUCGGUUCCCGACCUACAGCGGCCCACCUUCGAGGAAGCAACGUCCCAUGAAUUCAAGCCCACUCAUAUCGGAGCAUCCUUUGGACCUAGCUGGUCGACUCAUUGGUUCCGGAUCAAGCUGACCGUGCCAGCGGAUAUGCGUAAGAAGGAACGAUUGGAGUUCCACUGGGAUGCCAAUAAUGAGGGCAUGGUGUGGACGGAGAAUGGCCACCCGCUUCAAGGUCUGACUGGAGGCGGCGAGCGAGUCGAAUGGAUCAUCCCCGAUGCGUGGCGUGAUGGUAGAGAGCACACAUUCUACAUCGAGAUGGCAUGUAACGGCAUGUUUGGAAAUGCCCCUGGGGGUGAUUCUAUCCAGCCUCCCAGGCCGGAUAAAUACUACCAGCUGAGCAUGGCCCGUAUCACUGCUGUUAAUUUGGAGGCACGGGCACUCUACUAUGAUUUCUGGAUCAUAGGCGAUGCGGCUCGUGAGUUCCCCGGUAACUCAUGGGAGGCACAUGAGGCCAACGUAAUUGGUAAUGCCAUGAUCGAUGCUUUCAUUGCAGGCGAUGGAAGCCAAGAGUCUAUUCUUGAAGCUCGCAAGAUCGGCCAGAAAUAUCUUGGUGAGAAAGUAGAUUCUGCGGAGGUCUACAAGGCGGAUACCAAUCCAUAUGUAUACGCUAUCGGCCACUGCCACAUUGACACUUGCUGGUUGUGGCCUUGGGCCGAGACUAAGCGUAAGGUCGCGCGAUCGUGGUCGAACCAGUGCGACUUGAUGGAUCGAUAUCCAGAACAUAGAUUCACUGUCUCUCAGGCUCAGCAGUUUAAAUGGCUGCACAAGUAUUACCCGACCGUCUUCGAUCGUGUGAAGCGCUGGGUGCGAAAGGGCCACUUCCAACCGAUUGGUGGAAGCUGGGUUGAGCACGAUACCAACAUGCCUAGUGGUGAAUCCCUAGUGCGACAGUUUCUGUACGGACAGCGGCUGUUUGAAACUUAUUUCGGGAAACGAUGUACUACAUUCUGGCUACCCGACACUUUUGGAUACUCUACACAAAUUCCCCAGAUCUGCCGACUGGCUGGAAUGAGUCGUUUCUUCACACAGAAGCUCAGUUGGAACAAUAUCAACAACUUCCCGCACACCACCUUCCAAUGGGUUGCUCUGGAUGGCAGCCAGGUUGUAUGUCACAUGCCGCCCUCGGAGACAUAUACUGCUUCAGCCCAUUUCGGCGAUGUCAAACGCAGUAUCUCGCAACACAAGUCCAUGGAUACGGACAAGUCUUCUCUACUGGUGUUCGGCAAGGGAGAUGGUGGUGGUGGUCCCACUUUCGAACAUCUUGAGAAACUCCGCCGAUGCCGCGGUCUCAGUGAUAAAGUCGGGACUCUCCCACGUGUAAAGAUGGGUGAUUCGGUCGACGACUUCUUUGACAAGCUGGAGGCCAAAGCAGCCAGUGGCACUGAGUUCGCAACUUGGUACGGUGAGCUUUAUUUUGAGCUUCAUCGUGGCACAUAUACCACGCAGGCAAACAAUAAGCGCAACAACCGCAAGUCGGAGUUCUUGUUGCGGGAGAUUGAGCUGCUGGCCACGUUAGCUACACUCAGUGGCUCAGAUGAUGCCUACAGAUACCCCAAAGAAGAGAUUGAUCAAAUGUGGGAAGGUACUCUGCUUUGUCAGUUCCAUGAUUGUUUGCCAGGUAGCUCCAUCGAGAUGUGCUACGAUGACUCUGACGAGCUCUACGCUGGAAUCUUCAAGACCGGUGCUAAGCUGCGCCAGGAUGCGCUUGCUGCGCUUGGAGUAAGCCAUACCGCUGGCAAGAAGGACUUGGUGAUUCUCAACACUCUUCCUUGGACUCGCUCCGAGGUUGUCAAGAUUCCUCAAUCUUUAAUCACUGCAAAUGGGUCGAAAUACGCCCUCGUUGAUGGCUCUACUGGAGUAGUCUCGUGCAAGUCUGUUGACUUCAAGACUACAAAUGCUGUGACUGUCGCUGAAACAAGCCCCGGUAUCUUCCGUCUGGCCAAUGGCAAGCUGCGAGUUGAUGUCCAGGAUGGUGUCAUCACAUCCUUGUUUGACCUUGAAGCAAAGAGAGAAGUUAUUGCACCUGGUGGCAAGGGUGGCCAGCUGGUCAUUUUCGAUGACAAGCCUCUUUACUGGCAGGCCUGGGAUGUUGAAGUCUUCCACUUGGAUUCACGAAAGGAACUCCCUCGCAGCAAGACCGUCAUCGCUGAGAAUGAUCCCCAUCGAGUCAGCCUGGUGACGGAGACUAAAAUCAGUGACAAGAGUUGGAUCAAGACCACUAUCAGUCUUUCCGCGUCAGUUUCAUCCGAACCCUCAUUCGUCGAGUUUGAGAGCGAGGUAGAAUGGCAGGAAACCAUGAAGUUCCUGAAGGUCGAGUUUCCAGUCGAUAUCACCAACACCGAGGCAUCCUACGAGACUCAAUAUGGAAUCAUUCGUCGCCCGACUCACUAUAAUACAAGCUGGGACAUGGCCAAGUUCGAAGUGUGUUGCCACAAAUGGGCCGAUCUAUCAGAGAACGGAUACGGUGUCUCCAUUCUCAACGACUCUAAGUACGGCUUCGCGACAUGUGGAAACCUCAUGCGCCUCUCGUUGCUCCGUGCCCCGAAGGCUCCAGAUGCUCAUGCGGAUAUGGGCCGCCAUCACAUUCGCUAUGCUAUCUUCCCCCACGCUGGCGCCCUGGACGAGCGCACAAUCCGUGCAGGAUACAACUUCAACCACCCGCUCGCAGUUGAAGAGGCUAGCUCGCAGAUUGCCACAAGCCAGGCUGCAUUCAAGAGCCUGUCUAUUCACGGUGGCUCGUCUAUCAUCCUAGAUGUUGUGAAACGCGGCGAAGAUGAUGAAGAUGUUAGUGUGGGUGGACUCCCUAUCCGUCCUGGUAAGAGCGUGAUCCUGCGUUCCUACGAGUCGCUUGGUGGUAAGGCUCGAGGAACCAUUCGCAGUACCCUUCCUGUGAAACGGAUCUGGAAAUGCAAUAUCUUGGAGGAUGAUGGAGAGGAGCUCGAGAUUCAGGAAACGGACGAGGGAAUUGCAGUUGAUAUUGAACUGAGGGCUUUUGAGGUCGCUACUUUCCGCUUGCAGCUGUAA